UGGCGUCUGAUGCACGGCACGCACAGAGACACGGAGACACGCGGGGAGAGACGCGGGGACUCACUCCGAUCCCGCAGAACCGGCGCUCAUCACCGCUCCCACGUCCACAGUCCCCGCGCUCCAUGCUGUCGCGCACGGUGGAGCGGUGGAAGGAGUACCGCGCUCGCUGCCUCGACGAGAUGGAGUCCACGCCAUACCCCCCACACGCGGCCGGCCGCUACUGUAACCGCACGUUUGACAGCUACGUGUGCUGGCCGGACGGUCUCCCGGGGCAGAGCGUGAACGUGAGCUGCCCCCCCUACCUGCCCUGGUCCGACAGCGUGUGGUUCGGCCGGGCGUACCGCUUCUGCUCAGCCGAUGGGACGUGGCUCCACAUGGACGGAUCCAACGAGACGUGGAGGAACGUGAGCGAGUGUGAGGACCGCACCAACCAGGAGGAGCCCCGGGAGCUGCUGUCCCUGAUCCACGCUGUCUACACGGUCGGCCACUCGCUCUCCCUCGCCGCUCUGCUGCUCGCCUCUGCCAUCCUCCUGCUCUUCCGGAGGCUGCACUGCACGAGGAAUUACAUCCACCUGAAUCUGUUCCUCUCCUUCAUCCUCCGCGCCAUCUCCAUCCUGGUGAAGGACGCUGUCCUGCGCAGCAUCUACGCCUCCGACAGCGACACGGGCGCCUGGGAUGAAGUGCUCGCUCACCAGGAGUCUGCGGCCUGCAAGGCGGUGUUUGUGCUCAUGCAGUACUGCGUGGCCGCUAACUACUACUGGCUUCUGGUGGAGGGCGUCUACCUCCACACGCUGCUCGCACUCGCCGUUUUCUCCGAGCGCCGCUCCUUCAAGGCCUACGUCGCUAUCGGCUGGGGAGCCCCCGUGCUGUUCGUGGUGCCAUGGGUGGUGGUGAAGCAACUGAACGAGAACGUGGGGUGCUGGACCCGCAAUUACAACAUGAACUACUGGCUCAUCAUCCGCCUCCCCAUCAUCGCUGCCAUCGCGGUAAACUUCUUCAUCUUCGUGAAGAUCAUCUGCCUCGUGGUCUCCAAGCUGCGCGCAAACCUCAUGUGCCGAUCCGACAUCAAGUGCCGGCUCGCCAAGUCGACGCUGACGCUGAUCCCGCUGCUGGGCGCGCACGAGGUGAUCUUCGCCUUCGUCACGGACGAGAAUGCGCAGGGCACGCUGCGCCACGUGAAGCUCUUCUUCGAGCUCUCCGUCACAUCCUUCCAGGGCCUCCUGGUGGCCAUCCUCUACUGCUUCAUCAACAGUGAGGUGCAGGCGGAGCUGCGCAAGACGUGGGAGCGGUGGCGCUUGGAGCGGGGGGCCGGGGGGGCCCGGGACGGCCCCGCGGCCCUCAAGCCGAUGCACUCCACGCUCCUGUCGGCAGCCAGCACCGACCGGCGCCUGGGCUCCGACAGCGCCGAGCUCUGAGGCGCACCUUGCCUGGCACGCGCGGCAGGGGUCACCGGCGGGGAUGAUACCUAGCCUGGCACGCGGAGACCCCACCACCCCCCCCCCCCUCUCCCCACCGGGCAAAAAAGGGGAGCUAGUCUGGCAUGAAAACAGUGCGUGGCUAAAACAAUUCGCCCGAGCUGGUGUAGGAAAUUGAGGGCAGGUAUGGAAGGGGGGAGUCACCUAGCCUGGUACGGAGCUCCCCUACCCGGCGCGGAUACCCCGCUGGGCACCCAGGCACGGGGUCACCGCGGGGUUCGCUUAGCCUGGCACGGAGACCCAAGGUGACACGGGGACCCCGCGAGGGUGACUGCACGGCCCCCUGCGUCACCCCCCCCCCCCCGUGAAGGGGUGGGCCCCACGGCUGGUUGGCCUGAGGGUCGCUGUGUCCCCUGGGACCCUCUUGCCUCCCCCACCCACCCCACUCACCCGUCUCCCAUGGGGGGGCCCGUGACCCCCAGGACUUAUCGUGGGGCCUCCAACCCCCCCUUCCCCCACCAAGACCCCAGUCUCUGUCACCCCCAGGGCCCCUGUACGGAGACCCGGGAGCGGUCAAGACAAGGGCGUCAGAGUCAAAGGACGUUGUGGGUCAUGGGGUCAGAGACCAACUCUUGUUGUGUUGUGAUUGUGGUUGCGUGUAAAAAUGUGUCCAGGAAGUGGACUCAAAGUGCACCCAGUCUGGCACAAGUGCUUUGUGACGUCGCCGCCACUCAGUGGCAUGUUGCGAAUGGGUGGGUGGGGGGGGCUGCUGUGUGUAUGCGCGUGUGUGUGGAGCGAUAAUACAGCGGCACUUACCCCAAAGUCUUCCGAGGCUAUACGGGGGAUCUUUGUACAGCGGUGAACGCACUGCACUCCGGCGACCCGAGUUCUAUUCUCGCUCACGGCCAACACCAGUGACAAUAAUCUGAAGCG